AUGAGUCAUCGUUUCUUCCGACCUGUUUUGUGUGUAACACGGUGUGACGCCGCUCGUAACAGCAUAACAAACCGCUUCUUCUUGAUACAUUCAACCGUACAUUUUUAAUCAAAGUUAAGGAGAUGGACGACCAGGGCUGUCCGCGGUGUAAGACCACCAAGUACAGGAACCCGUCGCUGAAGCUAAUGGUGAACGUCUGCGGCCACACGCUAUGUGAGAACUGCGUGGACAUGCUGUUUGUGCGCGGCUCGGGGAACUGCGUGCAGUGCGACACGCCCCUCAGGAAGAGCAACUUCCGCGUGCAGCUCUUCGAAGACCCCGCCGUCGACAAGGAGGUGGAGAUCCGCAAGAAGCUGCUGAAGACGGCCAAACAGUGUCCCUCCAGCCCAUGGCCAAGAUAGAGGAAGUCCUUUACCGCUACCAGCCUCUUUUCAUCGAAACCUACGGACCCCCGGUACCAGAGCUGGACCAUCUGGGAAGACUCGGGUAUCUGAAGCACGUGCGCGCCGCCUUGCCCCAGGACACGGCCGGGGGCUACUCCUCUGGCCUGGCGUGUCACCGGGCCCUGCAGGACGCCUUCAGCGGACUGUUCCCGAUCCAGUUCUGACCGGCAGGGCGGCGCAGGGGACCGAUUCACGGUCCGUGAGAAACGCCAACGACCAAACCACCCGGACGCGGGGUUAGCGCUGCUGUUGUGAAGUAGGAGCUUUAGCCUGUUCACUUUUCACAGAAGUUUUUAUUUUAUGAAGUUUGUAUUAUUUUUAUAUGUAAAUAAAUCAUUCUGAUUGUUA